AGAGAGAAGGAAAGCGACCCCGUUUCUUCUUCUCUCUGUCGCUGUAUCCAAACAAAUAUUUCCGUCUAAACAACCAAAACUCUUCUCCGUCUCUUCUUCACUGUUGACCUCGCUCCAAAUCUCCCUUUUCACCUCUCUCUGCCAUCCCUCCUCCGAAAUUUCUCAGCGCGAAAGCUGGAGAUGGAAAGAUAUUGAUAUUGGAAUUGAUAAAUAAUAUUAAACAUUUGAAGGGGCCAACUGUUGACUUUGAGAGCAUCAUCUUUUCAACCAUGAGCACGGGUGUCAAAAAAUCAUCUUCAAAUGGAAAUGAGAAAUCAUUAACCCCUGAUGACCAUCAGGGAAAGAUAAACGAGGUAAGAAGGUUGCUAGGCCCGUUGCCUGAGAAGUUGACCAUUUAUUGUUCUGAUGCUUCAAUUUCAAGAUAUUUAAGGGCAAGGAAUGGGAAUGUCAAGAAGGCAACUAAAAUGUUGAAAGAGACAUUAAAAUGGAGAAAUGAAUACAAACCAGAAGAGAUUCGCUGGGAGGAAAUUGCCCAUGAAGCUGAGACUGGGAAAAUUUAUAGAUUAAAUUUUACUGACAGGCAUGGCCGGAUUGUUCUUGUCAUGAGACCUAGGUGCCAGAACUCAAAGUCAAAUAAAGGACAAAUUAAGCACUUGGUUUACUGCAUGGAGAAUGCUAUUUUAAAUCUCCCACCAGAUCAGGAUCAGUUGGUGUGGUUGAUUGAUUUUCAAGGUUUCAGUUUAUCAAAUAUAUCGGUAAAGUUGACGAAGGAAACAGCCCAUGUUUUGCAAGAGCAUUAUCCAGAACGCCUUGGUUUGGCAAUACUAUACAACCCACCCAAGUUCUUUGAACCAUUCUGGAUGCUGGUAAAACCCUUUCUAGAGCCGAAGACUUGCAACAAAGUAAAAUUUGUUUAUUCUGAUGAUCCAAACUCUAAGAAAAUAGUGGAGGAUCUGUUUGAUACGGAGCAAUUGGAGGAAGCAUUUGAUGGAAAUAAUAGUUCAGGUUUCAACAUAAGUAAAUACGCCGAGAAGAUGAAGGAAGAUGACAAAAGAAUGCCAUUGUUUUGGACCAGGGGAGACCGUGAGUCAGCAGCCACACAACCACCAUUGGUAAGUGAUGCUGCAUGUUUGGAUUCUCUCAAUCUAAACUCAGAUUUAGAUGAUUCCGAUAGCGAGAAGACUGAGAGUAACUCACUUAGUGGGGUAAACUCGAAAGCCAUUGGCCAGGAUGAGAAUGCUUUAGUUACAGAUAAUGGUAAGAAUGAUGCUAACGCAGGAGAUUAAUUAAGAUGAUGAAGACCAGAUGGUGGUUGAAGUAUAUGUUAUAGACAGUACCCAUGUUGCCUUGCUGACUUUCAAAAUUUUAAGCAAGAAACUUGAAAUGGAUGGAGGUUGUCUCUACUUGUAUUAUUAGCACAUGUGGACAGUUUUUGCUCUCUCAUCAAUGAAUAAUGAGGAGUUAGUUUCUGCAUC